ACGACGAUUCUUAAAAAAGAGUCUCUUCUCUUUGAUCAGGAACAAAUUCUACUAUUUAAAGUCAAGGGACUAUUUAACAUGUUUUCUCAUUAUAAAUUCUGCUAGUAUAAUUUCAGCCCCUCAAAUCUAUCUUGGUGAGGUACUGUAUUCUUCAAUUCUUUUCUCAAAUAUCUCUAUCAGCAAUUUUGAAGCUGUAUGAUCUGCCAUUGAAAGCUUUCAGGUCAUAAUCGCAAAGGACAAAAACGGGAAUACAGUAAAUAUGGCUUAUGCAAGUGUGGCUUCUCUUAUGAGGACAAUAGGAUCACUCUUGACAUCCAAUUCUCCAAUGCAAUAUCUCCGUGAUCCCAGAGAAUUUUGCUCUCUUCAUGAAAAAGUUAGUUCCCUAGAAGUAUUUCUCAAGAACUUUGAGAAAAACAAUGUUACUGGGGAAAUGACAGAUUUGGAGGUACAGAUAAGAGAGAUUGCAAAUAGUGUUGAACAAACAAUUCAACUAAGAGUAACUGAAGUUGUAUUGGCUAAUGAUGAAAAUCUGAGAGACAAGGCACAUGAGAGGCUUCUUGAUAGCCUGCAACAAGUAGCAGAGGACAUUGAUCAUAUCUGGAAGCAAUCAACAAAGAUUCAAGAUAAAGGAAGACAAGUAUCAAAGGAAUCAUUAGUUCAAUGUCUUUCAAGAACAAACGAUAUUCCGAAUGUUAAGAACAAUAUGGUCGGACGUCAUGAUCAAAGGAAACGGUUGGUAGAUCUUACUAGAAGCUACUCUGGUGAACCCAAGGUCAUCCCGAUUGUCGGAAUGGGAGGCAUGGGUAAAACAACCUUAGUGAAAGAAGUUUACAAUGAUGCGUGCAUUCGUUCUCAUUUUGAUGUUUGUGCCUGGGCCACUGUUUCUCAACAACACAAUGUAAACGAAAUCUUGUUGAGCCUUUUGCGUUCUACAACGUGUGACACAUUUGACAUAGACGAUGAGGCAAAGCUAGCAGACAUGCUACAGAAAAGUUUAAAGGGAAAGAGGUACUUAAUUGUCAUGGAUGACAUCUGGAGUAAGGAAGUGUGGGAUGACAUUAGACAAUGCUUUCCAAGUCAGAACAAUGGUAGUCAAAUAUUGUUGACUACCCGUGACAAUGAAGUGGCUUGCUAUGCUGACACAGAGAAUCUUUCUUUGCAGAUGGGCUUCAUGGAUCAAGAUGACAGUUGGAACCUUUUUAAAAGUACAGCAUUUACAAAUGAAUCAUUAUCAUCUGAGUUUGAGACUAUUGGGAAGCAAAUUGCAAAGAAAUGUCACGGGCUACCACUAACUGUUGUCGUGGUUGCGGGGCUUCUCAAAUCUAAAAGGACAAUAGAAGAUUGGGAAAACUUUGCUAAAGAUGUCAACUCAUUUGUCACAAAUGAUCCUGAUGACCAAUGUUCACAUGUGCUUGGGUUGAGUUACAAUCACUUGACCAGCGAUCUAAAAACAUGUCUUCUGUAUUUUGGAAUAUUUCCAGAAGACACUCAGAUGCCAGUGAAGUAUUUGAUGAGAUUAUGGAUAGCUGAGGGAUUCUUGAAUUUGAAAAAUGACUUGGAAGGAGAGGCUGAGAAGUGUUUACAAGAGCUUAUCAAUAGAUGUCUAGUUCUCGUCAGCAAGAAAAGUCGAGAUGAAACAAAAAUUAAAUCAUGUAAGGUUCAUGAUCUAAUAUUUGAUAUGUGCUUGAGACAAGUUCAAAGAGGAAACCUUUUUAUCAUGAACGACAUUCUGUUUGCAAAAUCAGAUGAAAAAAAAGCUCAAAUCCAUGAUUUUGUAUUUGAUUGUGAUCCAAAUCAUGUUACUUCAGACUGCCAAUCUCUCAGUGGGCAUAAAAUGUAUCCAUUUAAGCGCUGGACUGAUGAGGAAAUUUAUAAUUUACCCUAUGGUCUUACUAGGGCCCUUCUCACCCCUGAACAUUUUCAGUUGACAGAUGAUGACAACAGCAAUCUUUUGAAACGAACUCGCUCUAUUUUCUUUGCUGGUUAUUAUUUUUCAACUUUUAUUCUCAAAUCAGAGCUUAUUCAUUUCAAAUUACUCAAAAUCUUGGACUUGAGUGACAUGAGGAUUGAUAGUUUCCCUCUACAGAUACUAAGCCUCAUCUGGUUGAGGUAUCUAUCAUUGCGCUGCCUUGAGAGUUUCGACAUACCUCCAGAAAUUUGCAGGUUAUGGAAUCUGCAGACAUUCAUUGUUAAAGGGCGUACUUCAUAUAUAACUUUUUCGGAGGAAAUUUGGGGACUAAUGCAAUUAAGGUAUCUGGAACUGCACAAAUUUCAUUUACCAAAUCGACCAAGAUCUGUUGACAAAGCAAGACACAUGGGUUUUUUAAAUAUACAAACUAUUUCUUACUUGUCUCCAAGAUGUUGCACGAAGGAAGUUAUUUUGAGGAUUCAGAAUGUUAAAAAAUUAGGAAUUAAUGGAGAUGACGGUGACUAUGAACGUUCUGAACUUUGUAGUACUCUUGUUCAUCUGCAGCAACUUGAAACGUUGAGUCUUAAAUCUUUUUCUAAUUGGACCAUUCCAAAUGCAAAUGCUUUUCCAGCAUCGCUCAAGAAGUUAAAGUUGGAAGAAACUAAUCUAAGAUGGUCGUACUUGGACAUCAUAGCUAAGUUGCCUAACCUCGAGGUACUGAAGUUGAUGUCUCGUGCUUGUCGUGGCAAAGAAUGGGAUCCAAUUGUUAGGGGAUUUAAUCAACUGAAGCUUUUGAUAAUUGAAAAUAAUUAUCUCGACUACUGGAAAGCUACAAAUGACAAUUUUCCUGUCCUUGAGUGCCUCAUUAUUAGUGAUUGCUUUUUUUUGAAAGAGAUACCCAUUGAGUUUGCAGAAAUCCACUCACUACAACUGAUUGAGUUAAGAGGGUGUCUUCCUGAACUCGGGGAAUCUGUUGCACGAAUUCAAAAGGAAAAUAAAGACCUCGGAAACGAACCCGUGGAUGUUCGUAUCUCCGAUACAUAUGCUCUAUGUGAACUGGGAAGUAAAAGUACUGUUACUGUCACGUCCCAGAUCACCCUGUAGACGUGAUUGGCACCUAGAACACAUCACCGGUGGCCAGGUGAACCAAAUGUAAUUCACUACAUAUGACAAAGGGAAAGGGUCAAGAAUACCCCUCUACUUUAGUUUAUUAGUUUAGUUUGCCCCUAGUUAUGGGCUAAAUAUACUCCCGCCGUUGUCAAUCUACCUUUAGCAUUGGAGGUCGCAUUAUUGGAAAAUUUCAAAGUUCAAUUUUACCUACAAAUGCCGAAGCAAGGUUGUGUGCUAGAGAUUGGCUUUGCGGACAAGAAGUCUCAGACUGUGAUGGAUCGGAGACCGAUGAGGGUGAAAUUGUGGUAGACCUCCAACCGUAUCUUGCUAGACUUGGCUCGCACAUUAAUAGCUUCUGCUUGUUGUGGGAACAAAGUUGGAGCAUGUGAUUAUACAGUUAGCUCAUGAGAUUGCUGAGAAACAUGUAAAGCAAUAGAAGGUGAAUUGGUUGUAACACCAUCUGAUAUGCUAGCAGGAAGGCAUCUAAGCAUUCAAUCCGCCCGUUUGCCACCCCUAUAUGGGCUAAAUAGACUUAUUUUUGAAUAUGGACUGAAAUUGUCAGCUCUAAUUAUGUGACGAUUCACUAAAUUGACUAGUUUGUGGCUGUCUACUUAAGACCUACAAUUUAGCAAGCUCACACAAGCGGAGUUCCCCUCUGUAACAACAGGGAAAUUAAAAUGGUCAUUUAUGACCAAGCAAGAUUUGACUGCAAAG